UUUUUGACUUGUCUGUGAUUUUUUGAAAACACACCGCGGUUCCGACUAAAAUUCCAACAAAAUUCAAUUUUUCGAAAAUUUCGAAAACGAAGACCUAAUGUGACCAAAAAUCGCCUCUUUUCGUCGAAAAUUUUGUCGUAAUUUUUAAACCUACAGUAAACGUUGUGUUCUCUUAAUUUAGAGCUAAGGCUUCGGCAACUCACGUUUAGGGUUUAUCUUCAUCAAAAUGAGUAAAAACGAAUUAGCUUGUGUCUACGCUGCCUUGAUCCUGGUGGAUGACGAUGUUGCUGUCACCGGUGAAAAAAUUCAAACCGUGUUGAAAGCAGCAGGAGUCGAAGUAGAGCCAUACUGGCCAGGAUUAUUCGCCAAAUCGUUGGAAGGAAUUAAUCCUAAGGACUUGAUCACCAACGUUGGCAGUGGAGUAGGUGCCGCAGCUCCAGCUGCCGGUGCAGCUGCCGCCGCCGCCGCUGCUCCAGCUGCUGCAGAAGCACCCAAAGCUGAAGAAAAGAAGAAAGAAGAAUCAGAUGAAUCAGACGAUGAUAUGGGAUUCGGUUUGUUCGACUAGAGCAUAUUGUGUAAUUGAUACCUGUACAUCCGAAUGUUUGUGUUUCUUUUUUAAAAUAAAUUUUUUUUUUUGUA